AAACCUUCCUCUUUGAGUAUGUUUAUGUGAAUUCAAGAAACUCCAGAAUCCUCUCAAGUAAAGUCAUCCACCUAAGAUUGAAUAUCCAGCUCAUAGCCUUUUAAAAAAGCGCCAUGACUCUUUGUAAUGUUGUGCAUGGAGCGGGGUCUGAUCUGAACGUCACGGACCAAGCGGUGUGAGAUGUCACGAUCUUAGUUCUGUGACAAAGUGAAGGGGAUCCAAAGCCUGAAGUUUGAGAGGCCGGAAAUAUCCCGGGGAAAAAUAAUGGCUCCAUCGAUCUAAUUGUGAAAUCUUUUGGCCGAGGAGACAGCCUGUCCCAUUCUCUCGAUUCACGUGAAAAUCGACUGAGGAGACGUCUAUGGACCCAGCCCAGCUAUCAUAAAAAAUGUCCUAGGCGAAAGAUCCCGGGCCCAGGCUCAAGUUGCUACCCAAAUUCGCCGCCAACAUGACUGAAAGCCAAGACUUGCCCGCCUUGACCGCACAACUCGUGUGUUCCCCGUCGCAGAACCCGGUCAACGUGAGGGUCGGUAAUUUCUUUUUUGCCAUUUUCAGCGCCCAGGAUGACGAGGGAUGACUCCUCGACAUGCCACCACCGUGAUCUUCGCCAUGUGGCUAAUACUGUUGGGCGCUAUGCAAAUUCACGAUCGGCUCUGUCAUAGCGCAAACCCGUCUGCCAGUCUUCGCGCUAUGGGCCUCUUAUCACCUCAGGGAUCGAGACACGCACGUCGAGGUGUGCGCAACAGCUGAGCCCAUGAGCGCGUCACAGUCAAAGCGCAUAUCUGUCGGAACAGGUGACCGUUUGGGAUGACGCGCGCAUAAUGAAAGCAAAAUUUCCCACUCGGCAUGAUUAGCCGACGAGGGCCGGUCCGCAGUCUCCUUUAAGACGGCUGUCAGCCUGUCAUGAGCACAUUUCCCACGCUCACCUUCCACUCUUUCUCUUCUUGCCUUUCCUUCCUCCUUCUGUCCCCCGAGCUCCCAUGAGCUGUCCAAGCGAUAACACCGCGGCCAUCGAGCAAUCCUCCUUCUGGGAUCCCACAGCGCCGUGGGAUCCGCAUCGGAUUGGAUGGGUUGUAGCGGGUAGUUGCUCUGCUGCGACUGUCCUUGUGACCUUCCUGUCGGUGCUUCAACACUGCCGAAACUACCAUGUCCCGCGGCAGCAACGACAAAUCAUCCGCAUCCUAUAUAUGCCGCCCGUCUACGCUGUCAUUUCCUUCUUCUCAUACCGCUACUUCCGGAGCUACACCUACUACUCCCUCAUAUACGUCGCCUACGAAGCUCUUACUCUGAGCGCAUUCCUCCUCCUGAUCAUCGAGUACGUCGCGGAUACGGCCACGGGGCACAAGGCGGAGGAUGCCAUGGCACGCAAGGACAAACGACCUCUGCCCAUGCCGUUCUGCUGCUGGAGGUACAAACCGACGAAGGCGUACUUCCUAUACAGUGUGAAGUGGUCUGUCAUGCAAUAUGUGAUCGUUCGGCCCGUUAUCUCUAUCGUCGGGAUGAUCUGCGAACAUUACAAUGUACUGUGCGACACCCAAAGCUUCAAUCCCCGCUUCGCCAGCGUGUAUCUUUCCGCUGUUGAUUUCGUCAGCAUAUCCGUGGCGCUGUAUGGGCUGCUGCUGUUCUAUGGCCUGACGCACGAUGAGCUUGCUGGCCGGCGCCCGCUGGCCAAGUUCCUGUGCAUCAAGCUCAUCGUCUUCUUCACAUUCUACCAGUCUUUCGUGUUCUCCGCACUGGAGGGCCGUGUCAUUCAUGCCACCAAGUACUGGACGGAGACGAACAUCGCCGAUGGACUCAACGCAUUGGCCAUCUGCAUCGAAAUGGUCUUUUUCGCGAUUGCCAUGUGGUGGGCAUACCCUGCCACCGAGUAUCACCAGACCGAUCCGCAGGGCAAACGGAUACGAACGAACAUACUGGGGAUGUGGAGACCUAUCUGGGACUCACUCAACUUCUCUGACUUUGUGCAAGAAAUCUGGGCCUCGCUUACGUUCUUCUUCCGCUCGAAACGCGCCGCACCAUCUGGUUCGAGGAUGGAUCUGGCCCACGCGUUUGGUGUCGACGAGGGAUCGAAAUUGCCAAAAUCGUAUUGAUUGACCCCAUCAUGGACUAUUGUUGAAUGAUUAUCGUAUCACGGACGCUGCAUCGAGCUUUGGGAGAAUACCACCAUAGAGCUGGCAUCAGUUCCCCUUAUUCUGUGCUUUAUAGAGUCUGACCAGAAGUAACUGCGAGAUGAGCUCCCCGGCUGGUGGGUCUCGAAUUCGGGAGAGCUGUUGCUCUGCACACUUGAUGAGCUUUCAACGUAGAGCAAACAGAAAGUUCAUUAGGUGCGUGCUCUGCGUUGAAAGUUCAUCAAAUGCGCAGAGCAAACACGCCACCCUAAGACAAUCGCUCGCAUGCGGCACUUGAAUAUUGAGGGUUCCAUUGCGAAGCAUCGUGAUGCCUUGCGUUUUGAAAACCAGCAGCCUAUAUAGCAAACAGAAGGGGGUCGAGCGCAUCGCGGCGGCCGUGUAACCGGAUCCAAACCAUAACCCGACCUUUGAUAUAUUGGCACGGACCUCUGCCCACAGUCACCAUGCAUUCUACGCGUUCGGCGUGAGAGAUGACUUUGAAUGGGCUGCGAAUGGACUUCAGCUGGCGGAACAUGAAGCUUUAGGGGACAAGAAAAGAUAUACUGGGGAUUCAGAUAUCGAUGCGACACUGUGCAUCAUUAGGUCGCGUCGACACGAGGAUAAAUGGGUCUGCCGACCGAUUAUAAGAAUUUAUUUCUUUGUGAUGUGCUCUACUGAACUGCAAUCAGUAGCAUUAAUAGUGUGGAUGCUCCGAUUAACUGAAUGCUCAUCUUAUGUGUACGCUCGGGGUACAAGAUGCCAUGAUACCGGCU